GUCGCAUCAGAUUGGCCGGAAGUAGUGCCCUGCGCAAGAUGGCCGCGGCCCUUGUCCCCCCGCUGAAGCCGGAAGUUCGGUCGGGGGGGGAGCUGGCCGGCAGCCCCUAGGAGGAUGGAGGGCGCGAAGGGGGAGCUGCGGGUGCUGCUGGUGCCCCUCGCCCGGGAGGCCCGGAGCCCGCUGGGGGACACGGCCCUGGUCAGGCUCAACAGGGCGCAGGACGCGCUGGGAAGCCUGCUGGCCUCGGGGGGGCUCCACCUCAGGUCCCUGGCUUGCGGCAGGGCUGGCCGGGCCCGCGGCAGCCCCACCCCGGGGCCGUGGGCGGACUUCAUGUGGGAGGAUGCAGAAAAUAAUGAUCCACAAGGAAACAAGCCAAAACUCCUGGCUCUUAGUAAAAACAAUGAACUGUUUGUCUAUGAGCUCAAUAGAGAGGAUGGAAAAUCUGACACAACUGCCUUGUACAGCUGGAAUGAAGAGAGACUUAAAAAACUUCUGGAAGUUAAAAAUAUUAGUCUUUCUUCAAUAUCGUCUGUGAGGAUUCUGUCAUUUAAAAAGAACACAACUUUGCUACUGUUGAAUAACUUUAUUCUUGUGCACCUUGAGUUUCCUGGAGAAGAUACAGAAUUACAGGCACUUGACUGCUUUAUCCUUGAUUUGUCUCCACAAGCUUUGGAAAGAAUAACAGAUGUGAACUUUUGUAGAGGGGUUCUAUUUUUGUUAGAUAACUCUAGCUGGAUAUACAUAUUUGAUACAGUAGAUGGUGUGCAUCUAGCAGAUGUUGACGUUGCACUCUUCCAAGCAAAUGUGGAUGAUGAGAACAAGAAUACAACCAUCCUAUCUCCCCUCACUUCAGUAAAGGUGUCGCACGAUCUCAAUGUCGCUGUGAUCGUUAAUUCUUCUAAUUAUGCCUUUUCUAUUGAUCUAAAUUUGUAUUUCAGAGAAUUCCCUGGGCAUUUAUUUUGUAAGAAAAUUUUUCAAAAUCUUCCUGUGACACGACUGGAAGGAAUUGAUGAGGAUGACCUUGCUAGCUCUGACUGCAGCAUGAAACUUAUGAGGUUUUCUUUCCGGACAGACAGGUCAUGGAAAGCACACUUGUCCUCGCUAUAUAACACGUCAAAGAGACCUCACUCUCCAAAUUUGGUGUCUAACGUUGGCUUACCUUGGUACCAGUACCUUCCCCAUCUUGAACAUUAUGAUUAUAAAAUCUCUGAGACAUCUGAGAAGAUCUUGUCCUCCAUACCACAAGACAUUAUCUAUAUCCUUUCCGAAUCAACAAAGAAAGAUUAUGCAAAUAUCAAUGACGUAGGAAGACAAUGGAAAAAAAUCCAUCCAGGAGGCCUAGAAGAAAUGAUGAAACUUGAGUGUAAAUCUGUGACGGGAUUUAGUGCACUGUUUGCAUUAUCAGCAGGUGACAAAGGAUUGAUUGUUGCUCUGUGGGACUUAGAGACACAAGAUGUGACAUAUUAUCACAUUGGCAAAAACUGUAUUUAUGUGGAUUGCAGUGGAGAGGAGCAGUUGUGUGUCAUUCAGACAGAGCAUGGACUCUCCUUGAUUCUGUUUGGUUUAACUCAAGAGGAAUUCUUGAAUAGACUGAUAAUCCAUGGAAAUGCUGGCAUUGUAGAUUCUCUUUGUCAUCUCAAUGGGUGGGGAAGAUGUUCGAUUCCCAUACAUGCGUUAGAGGCUGGUUUGGAGAACCGUCAGCUAGACACAGUUGACUUCUUUUUAAAGAGCAAAGAGAAUCUUUUCAAUCUUACUACAGCCUGUUCCUUACCAGAGCAAUCUACCAAUAUCACACCCCAAUUUUACUUAAGAAGUGUGGAAGAAUUGAAGCCAGCUUUAGAUUUACUUUGCUCAGCAAUCAGAGAAAAUGAUUUGGAAGCUCAGAGUAAACACUUCUCUGAGCAGCUGCUAAACCUUACCUUGGCUUUCCUUAACAAACAAAUCAGAGAGAUUUUUAGCCACACAGAAGAACUCGAUGAGUGCUUGCAGAAAUGUGUGGAUAUUUUAACUACCUACAUUAUUGAACUUAGAACGUUUAUGAUAAAGUUUCCUCGAAAGCAGAGAAAUCUCAUAAAUAUAAGAUGUGAUUUUGAUGAAGACAUUCCCAGAACAGAACAAAGCCAAAUGUGGGAAACGCUCACUCCGGAGCAAGUUAUUUUUGAGGCCAUUUUAAACAACAGAAUACCAGAGGCUCAGACAUUCUUCCGAGUGAAUCAGAACCCUGCACAGAGUCUUCAAGAGCUGAUUCAAAUAGGUUUUGAACUUGUUUAUGACAGUCUUCUAAAGGGCAAUGUCAAAGAGGCCUCAGAACUCCUAAGGAAUAUGGGUUUUGAUGUGAAAGAGCAGUUGCACAAGAUAUGUUUCUACACUAUUGAUAAAAACAUACGUAACUUGUUGGUGAAAGUGUUGCAAGAAGAAAACUAUUUUUCUGAAAAAGAGAAGACAGUGAUAGACUUCGUGCAUCAGGUUGAAAACUUUUAUUCAGGAUUCUUCCAAGACAAUAAAGUGAUUCAGCCUCUUUCCAGUUUCAGGAAUUGGAAAAAAGAACAAGAUCUGUCCAGUCACACAGCUGUUUUGGAUACAUUCUUGACUUGUGACAAACCGCAGAUUCACAACAGGGAGCACAGAAUUAUGUUAAACUGGGGUCAGUGGUGGGAUCAGCAUAUUCAGGAAAUGAUUCUUCUUCCCAAAAGAUCACAUGAAGAAUUCAAGUCCUGUAAUCCUGAGGUUCUUUGGAUGUAUCUGACAUCCCAGCAUGAUUGGCUUAACAUUUGCUCAUGGAUUGAAGAAUCCCAGCCACAUAGUCAUACCUCAUUUCAACAGGCUAACUGGCCUUCUCUGACACCAGAUAUUAUUGACCAAAAUACAUUAUGCAGCAGCUAUAUGAGAAAUGAAAUAUUAGACAAGUUGGCUAGAAAUGGAAUUUUUGUCCCAUCUGAACAAGAAGACUUUGAACUCCUCCUCCUAAGAUUGAUCCACAUUGGAGGAGUGAUGCAAAAUCCACAUCCUGUUCCAAAAUACAGUACUGCGAGUGGUUUAGAUUUCCAUGCCCAUUUCAUCCUGUAUUGUUUAGAACGUAGUCUGCAGCAUCUGCUGUACACAUAUUUAGACUAUUACAGUUUAACUCCUUCGAAUUGUCCUAUUCUGGAUAAAAAGGAAUUGCAUGAGGCUCACCCCUGGUUUGAAUUUCUAGUGCAGUGUCGAGGGGUUGCCAGUAACCCAAGAGAUCCAAAGAUGAUAUUUCAGGCUAGUCUUGCAAAUGCUCAGAUCUUGAUUCCUAGUAAUCAAGCUAGCGUGAGCAGCAUGCUGUUGGAAGGACAUACACUUUUAGCACUUGCAACCACAAUGUGUGCACCCGGCGGUAUAGAUCAGGUUCUUCAGAAUGAAGAUACUGAAAAGCCUCUGAAGAAGGUGGAUCCACAGCUGUUAAAAAUGGCAUUGACUCCUUACCCCAAACUCAAAGCUGCUCUCUUUCCACAGAACACUUCACAUGGAAUUUUGCCACCUGAUAUCUCACUCUACCAUCUUAUGCAGUCAUUAGCGCCUUUUGAUCCCACUAAAUUAUUUGGCUGGCAGUCGUCAAAUACUCUUGCCAUAGCAGACAUCUCAAGUGACCUCCCUCAUUUCUCGUCCCCUGAUUUGGUAAACAAGUAUGCCAUAAUGGAACGACUGGAUUUUUCCUACUACUUGCACCAUGGACGCCCAUCAUUUGCUUUUGGCACCUUUUUGGUCCAGCAAUUAGCAAAGAGCAAAUCCCCAAAGCAGCUGAUUCAGCAAGCAGGGAAUGAAGCCUACGCUCUAGCUCUUUCUUUCUUUUAUAUACCGUCGAUAGGAGCAGCAUGUAUUUGUUUUCUAGAGUUACUUGGCCUUGACAGCCUUAAACUUCGGGUUGAUAUUAAAGUUGCAAAUAUAAUUUGGAACGUCAAGUCUAGAAAUGAAGAGUCUCAACACAAUUUAAUAAGAGAAUCCAUGGUUGAAAAGCUAACUAAAUUGGUGGAUGGUGAAAAAACAGCAGCAGCAGAAGUGCUUAUCUCCUUGGAAGAAGCUUUUUGGGAUAAAAUCGAACAUCAAGAAAUAAAGAAAACGUCCAGUGACUCUAGAAGACAGUGGUCUUUGGUGAUGCAGUUCUGUAAGCUCCAUGAUAUCAAACUGAGUACAUCUUACCUAAAGGAAUGUGCUAGAUCCAACGACUGGCUGCAGUUUAUCAUCCAGACCCAGAUGUACAGCUACCAAAUAGAUGAGGUCAUUUCCAUUCUUCAAGAUUUCACUCCCAUUUUGCAAGAUCAUUUGAUGCUGGCCUUUGAGAACUUGCAGCGCUCUCGCUCUGAUACAGGAAGUCAUCAUAACAACACCACCAGUCCACUCAGGACUGAACACAGGCAGAGCGAACAUACAAGUGAUCUCUUUCAAAUUCUGUUGUGCUGUCAAGAAAGUCCUAACCCUGGGUGCUACCUUUUGGCUGAAGGAGUGAGGCACCAUGCUCCCUUCUUGAGUGUCUUAGCAGCCUGUUUUCAGGAUGCCAACAUUAUUCACUGUCUCUGUGUUUGGAUAAUUACCUCUGUGGAUAAUGUUACUGCUGCUGAAGCAACAAACCAUAUUCAAGGCUCAGUAGAAAAUCAUGAAUGGGAUCUUCAUGACCUUUCUACCAUCUGGAAGAUGUUUUUAAGAAGACAAAAAAGUAAAACUCUCAUGAAUGGUUUCCAGCUCUUUCUUAAGGAUUCCCCUUUAUUACAUAUGCUGGAAAUGUAUGAACUAUGCAUGGACUACAAAAAAUACAAUGAAGCCAAAACCAAACUCCACAACUUCCAGACAAGUCUUGCAAAUCUUAAAAUUGCAGAUAAACCAACACCUUCAAUAAUAUCAGUACCAUGGCUGGAGUCACAGGCAUUCUUUCUUCUUGAAUUGAUGAUGCAGCAAUGUAGAACACAGUAUGAAUUAGGAAAACUCCUACAGCUCUUUGCAGAUAUAGAUAAACUUCUACCUGAUGGCCCAGAUGUGAAGAAACUAUGUGCACUCAGUCAGAUUUUGAAGGAUUCAUCUAUAUCUAUUAAUCGCUCUAUCCUGACCAGUUAUGACCCAGAACAUUUUCAGAAUGAAUGCAGAUCAGUUCUAGAGCAGCUGCAAGAGAGAGGAUUGUUCUCACUGGCGAGGAAGGUUGCAGAAUUAGCAGAACUGCCUGUGGACAGUGUGGUUAUCCAAGAGGUACUUCAAGAUUUACAUCUUUUAAAGCAUAUUGGACAGUGGCAUCAAAAACAAACUAGAAUUGACUUCUGGAAAAAAUGUCAUGACAGUUUUAUGAAAAAUUUCAUCUCCAACAAAGCAGCAUCUGACUUUUUCUUAGCUCAGGCAAACGUAGUGUCUGAAUCUUCAGCUGAUGAGAAGGUAAAUAACAUUAUGGAGGAACAUCUGCUGCUUACCUUGGCUGGCCAUUGGCUAGCACAGAGUGACUCUGUGGCACUGGACAAAUUAGAAGAAAUAGAGAAACAGAUCUGGCUUUGUUGCAUUGCACAACAAACCUUAAAUAACAAUGAUGGAUUGAUCAAGUCAAGAUUUUCUCACCAGGUUUCAGUGAGUGGUGAACUUUCCUUUGAUAAUUUAGCUAAGGAGUUUUCCUUUUCAAAGCUAACUGCUCUGAAUACAUCAAAAUAUUUACAACUUGAUGGUCUUGCAUUCCAAGAUAUGUCUGAAAACAUUCUGGAUAAAGCUGAGGUAGAAUCGCUUAGCUUUCUGAUUGGACGUCUUCUAGAUGAAGGAAGCAUACAUGAAGCCAGCCGUGUUUGCCGGUAUUUUCACUUUUAUAGCAGAGAUGUUUCAUUGGUAUUGCACUGCAGAGCACUGGCCUCUGGGGAAGCUGAUCUAAACAACUUACACCCUGACGUUCGAGCUAUUCUUCUAGUGGGAGAUACAGCAGAUGAGAAAGACACACCUCAGCCCAGAAGAUUACAAAGCACCUCAAGCGUAGAAAAUUGGUCACAUGUCCAGGCUCCAGCUCCAGAUGAUCUGGUUAUUACCGGUCUGAGGACUCUAAUAGAUGAGUGUGUUCAUGGGAGAAACUACUGCAGACAAGUCCUCUGUUUGUAUGAGCUUUCUAAGGAACUGAAUUGCUCCUACGGUGAAAUAUCAGCCCAUGAUUCUGAAAAGGUGCUUCGAGCGAUCCUUUCGUCCCAGCAGCCUGACAGAUGCAAGAAAGCCCAGGUGUUCAUCACAACGCAGGGUCUCCGGUCUGAAACUGUGGCAGAACUUGUGGCUGAAGAAAUCAUGCAGGAGUUACUGGUAUCUUCUGAAAGGAAAGGGCAAAAGCAGAUUGUGAACCCAGCAAAUGAGACUCAAGCAUUCCUAGAGUUGGCCAAAUUGUGCAAGGAUCAUACGCUUGUUGGCAUGAAGUUAUUGGAUAAAAUUUCAUCUGUACCUCGUGGGGAACUAUCUUGCACUACAGAGCUCCUGAUUUUGGCCCAUAAUUGCUUUAGUCUGACAUGUCACAUGGAAGGAAUUAUUCGAGUCCUGCAAACUGCUCGACUUCUCACGGAGGAACACUUGGCCCCCAGUGAGGAGUACGGCCUUGUGGUCCGACUCCUUACUGGUAUUGGAAGAUAUAAUGAAAUGACGUACAUAUUCGAUCUGCUGCAUGAGAAACAUUACUUUGAAGUGCUCAUGAGAAAAAAGUUGGACCCGAGUGGGACUCUGAAGACAGCUCUGCUAGAUUACAUAAAGCGCUGUCGCCCAGGGGACAGUGAAAAGCACAAUAUGAUAGCCCUGUGCUUUAGCAUGUGUCGAGAAAUUGGAGAGAAUCACGAGGCAGCUGCCUGUAUACAGCUUAAGCUCAUUGAAUCUCAACCAUGGGAAGAGUCUCUCAGAGAUGUGCCCAACUUAAAGAAACUGUUGAUGAAAGCUCUGACACUCUUUAUUGAUGCAGCCGAAAGUUAUUCUAAGGAUUCCUGUGUCCGCCAGUCCUUGCGCUGCAACCGGUUGACAAAGCUGAUAACUCUCCAGCUUCAUUUUCUGAACACCAAUCAGAGCACGAUGUUGAUUAACCUGAACAGACAGAACCUGAUGGAUUGCAUCAUGUCCUUGCCCAGAUUCUACCAGGCUGCUAUUGUGGCUGAGGCUUAUGACUUUGUUCCAGACUGGGCUGAAGUUCUGUAUCAACAAGUGAUUCUAAAGGGUGACUUCAAUUACCUGGAAGAAUUUAAGCAACAAAGGUUCCUCAAAUCGAAUGUGUUCGAGGAGAUUGCGAAGAAGGUCAAACAGCACCAGCCUACUGAGACGGCUCAGAAAAAUCUGAAGACGUUACUGACCUACUGUGAAGACAUCUACAUGUACUACAAACUGGCUUAUGAUAACAAGUUCUAUGAUGUGGUAAAUAUGCUUUUGAAGGACGCACAGACUGGCUGCUGUCUAAAGGAUAUGCUGGCAAAUUAGAUUCCUCUGGCUUGCACUGUGAUUUAAAAAAAACAGAAAAAUCUUACUUUAAUCCAGCUCCUGGUCACUUGCUUAACUCAGUAUAUGCUGCCAGGUGCCUUAAAAAAAUACUGGUUUCAGUAUGUGAAAUUUACCAUAAAAUCCCAGCACUGUCUUGAAUGUCCCUGAAAUGCAGAGACUAUUAACCCAAAGUUGUUUUGGACAAUAAACAAUUCUUAAUAUUUAAAUCAGAGUUGAACAAAAUGUUUUAUAAAAGCCUGCUUAGUGGGCCUAGAAGAUGGUGCUCUGGCUAGCUGGGAUUUCAGUCAGACCUUAGUCUAAAAUGACUUUGGCUAAUUUAGGGGCAUGGAUUACUGGCUUCAGCAGGAAUUACAAGCCUCCUUAAAAACAAAAAAAUGACAAAUUUUGCAGCAGUAAGAUCCUCAGUAUUGAUGUGUGUGGUACUUACAGUAACUUAAACUGAACAUCAGAUCAAAUAUUUAUCUGCUUAAAAUAGGCUAAUAGAUGUUCUGCAGGCCUUACAGGACCACUAGUGCUGGUAGAAUACUUGAAACAUUCAUAUUAAAAAGUCUUGCCUAUUUUUCCAAAAUCUUCAGCGGAACCAGUUUGCCUAGGAUACUCCUCUCUAGUGCUUUAUACAAAUGAGAUUAUUUUUACCUGCCCCCUGUAAGAUUUAUAGGAAUACCAUAAUAGUCAAUGACAAGAAUGGACUACCUCUGUAUUCACAAUCAGCUCCCUACUUAGAGUUAAGAUGUUGGUAUGUGCUUUUAGAGUACACUCUUCUUUUACCAGUGAAACAAAGGAGAAUUUGCUACAUGAAAGUGAAUGUGUGUUGUGCACACACAGUACCAAAUUGUCUAACAUUCACCCUAUACAAUUGUCUUGUUUGCUUCUAUAUUUGUAUUAUAAAAUCUUUAAAGCCUCUAGCAUAAGUACUGACUGGCUGGGAAUAAACCUCUUUACAGCUGUAUGCAUUUUGGAAACUAUUGCUUAAAUAUUAGUUCCUAAUCUUCGUGUCUUACAUGCAAAAGUAAAUCACCACUGCCUGCUUUGGGUGGGGUCAUGUGCACUAGUUCAGGCAAACUUAUCCAGAAGUGUUUGGAAAACGGGGGGAAAUCAGUUUCCAGACUAGUUCCAAAGCUAGCUGGGAAGUAAAAUAUCUAGACAUUUAUUGUCCAGAAAUCUUUCCCUGAAGUGUUCUGGCUGCAGCACUGUCAGUGGCAGCCUAUCACUGUAGUAGGAAUAGCAAAUAUAAUAAUUGGGCUUGGGUGUCUUUCAACAGGCUGUUUAAGAAUGAUCCUUCCAUCAGGAAAAGCUUCAUCUCUGAUCCUUAUGACACUGGUCUGUAGGGGAGUGGAAGGGACCAAGUAUCCCUGUACGGCUAUUGCAGGAGGCUGUUUUGCCACAAUGUUCAGCUCCCAAUGGCGCUGCUCUGUCCCAAUGGCACUAGUGCAGCUCCUCAUUGAAAUGAAGGGCUGGAGUUUCAGGAUUUGCUUCCCCACCACUGGCUAAGACUCUUCGUCAGAAAGCUGCUUAAACUCCCAGAAGUACUUUGAGCACAGAACUGCCUUACUGUUUCAGAAGGGCUACAGGUAAGACUCAAAUGCUAUUUAGCUUGGGCCAUACCAGUGUAUUUUAAGAGAGGCCGAUUUCUGGAGUUGGGUGUCUUGCUUGGAAAUGUUGUGUUUCCAUCACCGGCGUGUACACCCUUCAGAAAUGGGAGAUUGUCCAACUGUAGCAAAUGCUUUUCCUCAAGCUACCAAGAGAUCCAGCAGCAUAAUCACCUUCAGCAGUGUUCCCACUCACCCACAUACGGCAAGCUUCAGCCAAUUGUGGCUUAGGUGCUAGGCUAAUGCAUUUUUGUAUGAUUGAUUCUAGUAAUUUGCUCCUUAUUUGACUGUCCUACCAGAUCUACUGACUAUUAACAACCACGAAAUAUGGCACUCCAAUAAUCAGCUGAAGAUUCUUUACCCAGUCAGUCUAUAAUAUAAUGAUUAGUGGCUCUUGCAUCUAAUUGGAUAAGAAGAUUAUCUUGAAGGGCCUGUGUACUUUGCAGCUGCUUCCAUUCCAUUCUUAAAUUAAAAAAUGGAGGUUUAAUAGUUAUAGGCUAUAAAAACUGAAUUUAAUAUAGAACCAAACGUCUGCUAACUUUAUUGAAGUCAGGGGGACUAGUCACAUACUUAACUUGAAGUAUGUACAUCUACAGCGGUUUGCAGAAUGGAGGCUUGUUUGGAAUAAGCACAGCUGGCUUUUUCUGCUAACAUGAUCUUCACAGUUGACAACUAAAUCUCAUCUUUAAGAAACAUCCCACUUAGGUAAGGGUGGCGAGUGACUGCAUUUCAUUUGGGGCUGUUAGUCUGCACUUGGUUAACAUUUUCAAGUUUAUUUUAAUGAUAAAAGCUACAAAAUAACUUGAACAGUGAUUCCUAAACACCAUUCUUCAAUUCUACCCCACAGGCAGCAGAAUUUCAGUUCACACUUACAUCUCUGAAAGAUUCCCCCCCCCCCCAGCAACUGAAAGCAGUAUUGGGGCUAGGGAGUUCCGCAGGUAGAAUGAGGAAGCUACCAGUCAGUCUCUUCCAGGUAAAAUACUUGUUCAUAGAAAAAGCAACAUAGUGAGGAUUUGUUAUGCCUAUUAGCCAAAACAUGUUUUAAAGAAGGUCCUGUCAGAUCAGGGCUACAUCUUUAGUGAUACUGUAUAGUCAGAUGAGAAACUAAACUACCACCCCAUACAUUAGAAAUUGGCUGCCAAAAAGAGCAAGACCAUUAAGGUUGAGCAAUAAAAAGGUAGCAUUAAGACCCAUCUUAAUUGGUAUAAUUUAAGACAAAAGUAAAUUCUAGUGACACCCAAGAGGCAGAUACAUACCUGCCAACUGUGCCUGGAAGUAGUGGAGCAUCUACAGUUAGAGACUCCAUGACUUGUAACAUUGGGGAAAAAAGUCAGCAAAAUAAAGACUGAUCACAUAAGCCUAGACUUAGAUGCUAAUAACUUUCACAGCAUGUAGAAAUACACCUGAGAUAAAAAGGAGGAAGGCUAUAGCGCUCACUACACCUCUGACCCCUCACUUGUCUCUAGAUGCAUCCAUGUCUGACUAAGCUCUAGCCCUGUGGCAGUGUACCUGGCAGGCUGUGCUUCUGAGCAUCCAGCAGAGGUGUGAGAGAAUCUGUUUGCCAGGAACAGCUCUGCCAGCUGCAUCUCACUAGCGUGACUGUUUAGUGUCCUUUGAUCUUUCAGCUUCAAGCCUUGUAACUUUGGCUGGAGCCUGGAAGUAGUGUCAGCUCAGGCAUUCUCCAGCAAUGACCCCCCCACCAUGUUUCCCAGGAGAUGACCCAAUGUCUCUAGUUAAGCCAUCUCCCUUUGGGGGUUUGCAAACAUCCCUGCUAUUAAACUUACACAAACAGUAGUAUAGCCAUACACUGUCCCCAUAACCAGAUUACACACAGUAUUCAGGCCCAUGCCCCUCACUCAUUCCAUUAAACAGUUUUAAACUAUAAUUCCAGUUUUGUUUAAGUUGGGGCUCUGUGUAAUGCAGAAAUAGAAUGACCAGAGACUACAGACUGAGCAGUUAAGAAAACUUUAGUCACCAUUUUGUCAACACCUCACACUGGCAGAGAUGUCACAUCUAACAUCCUUCCUUUCUUUAGUUAAAGGGCAAGUUUCAUGAACUCCCCCCAUAUGGAAAUCUCCAAAGGUCCACUAAGCCCACGCUUAACAUUCCUGAUAUUAAGGUUAAAAACUAAAAAUUAUUUUGUGCUGCAUGAAUCUGAAUUUAGUGUUAAAGAUAUCCUAAUUGUUUUUAGUAACAUUGGGUGUAAUGGUAUGUCUUGGUUUAAAUUGCUGCCUUAGGGUCAACUAAGGUUGGGAACAGAUUUCAAUUCAUGGAUCACAGUACUGAACACUGCAAUCCCAUGCCCCAAGUCUGUUUCAUUACACUGCCAAUUUCAAGGUUCAUCCAUUUGGAACAGUAAAGUAAACCACACCAAGAAACUGGACAUGCAUACUGUACGAUAGGGACAGGCUGCUCUGGUGGUCACUCACUGAAGCAAACACUUCAGGAGUAGUAGAGAUGCUUUAGGGGGCAUGGGUUAUUCUGAGAGGCAGGCAUGAAGGGCUGAACCCUUCACUAGUAAUUAUGGUGCAUUUGGUAACCAGCCUUCAGCUUAUGUUUUGCUCCUGUUAGGCAACAAUCUGAGAACGUUGACCCAUCUGCUUCAUAGUCAAGAGAAUCCUCUUGUCAGCUUAGCUAUGUGGCCUAGAAACACUGUUCUAGAGCUUUAACACUAAAAUAAGUACUCCCAAUACACAGGCUCUGAAGUCCUCACAAUAGUGAUUUUAUUAAAUUAGUUGCUUUAUAAAACAUUGCAGAUGUCAUAAUUGUUAACAUAACAAUUUGCCCAACUGUAGUAACUGUUGCAGUUUGCUAAGCAGGUUUUUGUAAAUGAAAGAAAAUGGUAAAGUCCUAUCACAGCCCAUGAGAACAAAGGAAAUUUGGUUCUCAGACACUUAAACCAGGCAGUUGACUGUUAGAAUAACCAACCCGUACAGCUGCAUUAGUAGAUAAUGUAAACUAACUGCUUAUACUCAAGAUAUCACAAAUCAUUUUUCAAAUGCAACAAGGAACUAUUUUCUUGUUUUGACCAAAAUAAGUUUUAUUUUAAAAUGUCAAGCUUUGAAAGAAUGGGUGUGUAUCAAGUGAUUAAUUUUCAGGUGCAGUAUCCUUACUUUGAAGUUAGCAGUCCCCUUCACAAUCUAUUUAAAAAAAAAAAAA